AUGAUUGCCCUUAGCAAGGGAGGCUCAUGUUCUUCUCCGCUCGGCUUCGCUCUCUGCGCCUUUGGGCUGGUGUUGUUGGGGGACGUGUCCCAGGCGGUACCCAUGGACGACCAGGAUUAUUACCUGCAGGAGAUUAGCAACAGGGAUCCUUAUUAUUCCUUUCCUUACCCCGGGGAAGAGUUUUUUCCUUUCACGGAGCAACCUGGAGAGGAAGGACCUGCCCGUGCUGCGGACACAGAGGAGCACCCGGGGUUCAAAGCGAGCAGGAAAGAGUUAAAACCGAAGAAAAACAGCAAAAAGGGAAAAUCCAUUCUUGAAACUCCACCAGAUUGUCCUCCACUUGGUCUAGAGACAUUAAAAAUCACUGACUUCCAGCUCCAUGCCUCUACAGCAAAGCGAUAUGGCCUUGGGGCCCACAGAGGAAGGCUUAAUAUUCAGGCAGGUGUUAACGAAAAUGAUUUUUAUGAUGGUGCUUGGUGUGCAGGAAGAAAUGACCCAUAUCAGUGGAUUGAAGUAGAUGCUCGAAGGCUAACAAAGUUCACUGGAGUCAUCACUCAAGGAAGGAACUCUCUCUGGUCGAGCAACUGGGUGACCUCUUACAGAGUCUUGGUGAGCAAUGACAGUCACGCAUGGACUGCUGUCAGGAAUGAAUCUGGAGACGUGAUUUUUGCAGGGAACAGUGAGAAAGAGAUCCCAGUCCUCAACAUGCUGCCGGUGCCGCUGGUCGCGCGCUACAUCCGGAUCAACCCUCGCUCCUGGUUCGAGGAAGGCAGCAUCUGCAUGAGGCUGGAAAUCUUAGGGUGUCCUUUGCCAGACCCAAAUAAUUAUUACCACAGAAGAAAUGAAAUGACAACCACAGAUAACCUUGACUUUAAGCAUCACAACUACAAGGAAAUGAGGCAGCUGAUGAAAACUGUGAAUAAAAUGUGCCCGAAUAUCACGAGAAUCUACAACAUUGGAAAAAGCCACCAAGGACUAAAGCUGUAUGCUGUUGAGAUUUCUGACAACCCAGGAGAACACGAAGUUGGUGAACCAGAAUUCCGGUACAUUGCAGGAGCUCAUGGAAAUGAAGUGCUUGGACGUGAGCUAAUCCUUCUGUUAAUGCAGUUCAUGUGCCAGGAAUACCUGGCUGGGAACCCUCGGAUUGUCCAUCUCAUUGAGGAUACCAGAAUCCACCUCCUGCCCUCAGUCAACCCUGAUGGAUAUGACAAGGCAUACAAAGCGGGUUCAGAAUUAGGGGGCUGGUCUCUAGGACGAUGGACUCAGGAUGGCAUUGACAUCAACAAUAAUUUUCCUGAUUUAAACUCCUUGCUCUGGGAGUCUGAAGACCAGAAGAUGAGUAAAAGAAAAGUUCCAAACCACCACAUCCCAAUUCCUGACUGGUACCUGUCUGAAAAUGCCACUGUGGCAGUCGAGACACGGGCAAUAAUAGCCUGGAUGGAAAAAAUCCCUUUUGUGCUGGGUGGCAACCUGCAGGGAGGAGAGCUGGUGGUGGCCUACCCCUACGACAUGGUGAGAUCCAUGUGGAAAACCCAGGACUACACCCCUACCCCAGACGACCACGUCUUUCGCUGGCUGGCCUAUUCCUACGCCUCCACGCACCGGCUGAUGACGGAUGCCAGGAGGAGAGCGUGUCACACUGAGGACUUCCAAAAGGAGGAUGGGACUGUGAACGGAGCCUCCUGGCACACCGUGGCUGGAAGCAUAAAUGACUUCAGUUAUCUGCACACAAACUGCUUUGAGCUCUCCAUCUACGUUGGCUGUGACAAGUAUCCCCAUGAGACUGAGCUGCCCGAGGAGUGGGAAAACAACCGCGAGUCGCUCAUUGUUUUUAUGGAACAGGUCCAUCGGGGCAUCAAAGGCCUAGUGAAAGAUGUGCAUGGGAAGGGGAUCCCAAAUGCUAUUAUCUCAGUGGAAGGUGUCAACCAUGACAUCCGCACAGGAGCUGAUGGUGACUACUGGCGCCUCCUCAACCCGGGGGAGUACGUGGUGGGCGCCAGGGCGGAGGGCUACACCUCCGCCACCAAGACCUGCGAGGUGGGCUACGACAUGGGAGCCACCCAGUGCGACUUCACCAUCUCCAAAACCAACCUGGCCAGGAUCAAGGAGAUCAUGAAGAAGUUUGGGAAGCAGCCCAUCAGCAUGUCCGUGCGGCGGCUGAGGCAGCGGGCUCGGCAGUGGCGGCAGCAGCGAUAG